ACUUGAUUUUAUAGCCACAACAGCUUAUGACUUCAGCGUGCACGCCGAGUGUAACCCUUUGGUAUGUCUCCCGCACUGUUGCGUUUUGAAGUUUUGUUCGACUGGACAAGGAAAGAUGAAGAUUUGUUCUCAUUUCAACAAGCAUCAAUGUAUCCCACUUUCGCAUGCACAUUCAAUGACCAUACUAUUUAUCGAAUUAUUGAUCAUCAACUAGUUCACGCUCAUCGGAUUAGCAUAGCACAGUUAUGGCGGGCGUGUGGCUUGACAGUGACCGAAGGACUAUUCCUGUUCGACCUACGGCGAACAGACUAUGAGACAGACUUUGCUAUAUCAUUUUUCCCGUUUCGCGAUGUGUGGGUAACUGUCCCGGUUGCCCGUAUGAUAGCCCAAAAAUUGGCCGUAGAAGAUAAGCUGACGCAUUUCCUGGAUCCGGCGUUAGACAAAGUUUUCUCUCAUUAUUCACUUGAGCGAGGGGAUCUUAUUCAUAACUGGAAAGUAGAUAGCAUACCCGACGCGGUCUAUUCAACACGAGCGAUCGUUGAUGCACCAUUUUACCGAGCAACGCUACUUCCAAACAAUCGCAAAGUUCGAACUCAAAUUGCAAGAACGGCUCAGCCUGGUGUAGUGAUGCGCGAUAGAAUGGAAGACGGUCUAAUAUUGUGGCAAGUGACCGCGUAUGAAGAAUUUGUAAAAAGUCAAGACAAGCAAAAUGCCAGUGAUAUUCUCCAGGAGAAUACGGAUGACCAAGCAACCUUGUAUGAAGCGAUAUGGGACGCUUUUCAAGGCAUAUUGUGUGAUGUCAAAAAUAUCGAUCGGCCAGAUGUAGAUUUAAAGCAAGCACGCGUCCUCUCCGAUAGCAUUAUGCUAGGUAACAUGCCACUGAGGCGUGAAUAUUUGGCACAGACUUCUUCUCUCUUACAAGUCUACACAUCGACAAUAGCUGCUAAAAUUGCUCAGGAAUUAGCUCACAAGAAUUUACAAACCUCUCCUCCACCAACAAUUCCCGUAACUCGCACAGAGAGUUCGGAUAUAGAUAUAUUGUCUCCGGGAAAAGCUGGAGUACUGCUUCAUGAACGAAUGGAUGUGCUUGAGCAUAUGCUACAGAAAACUGCGGUGGAAAAUAUGGAUCGUAGUAAGGAUAUUGACGAGUUGAACGCCCAGAUAGCGACCAUAAAACAGCAGAUACACGAAAUUGGCUUUCAUAACACACAGGCAGGUGGCUGGAGAGUACUGGAGGUUCUCAUAGUUCUUAUCAUAGCAUUUUUCGGAUACUAUUACAAAUUGUAUACCAUGUAAUUCUUCCAUUCAUAAACGAAAGAAAUGGACCGUAUAAAGUAGACCAUAUUAAAGAACCCGUUUGGUGCAUUUCUACCAAACUUUAAACAGCA